AUGAUUGAGGUGGAGAACUGGAUAUUUGAGCUGCAGAAUAAUGAUUCACUGGCUUUACGCAAGACUCUUGGUGGAAUACCGGCAGUAAGUUCAUCGAGUGCAGUGUCACUGCCAUCACCAACAACUUCAACACCGACUCGAAAUUCCGGAGCGUCACCGACCGACACAGUUGCUUCCACUGGUGUUUUGAGAUCCUAUCAAAAGAGCGAUCACAUACUGCCGAUACCGAGUGCAUUCAGUGCUCGAACAACCAACAGCUUAAAUCAGCUGCAGCCAUCGGGUAUACCAGUCGCUGCGUUCAACCCAUUGCUGAGCCCGGCCAUGAUGGCCGCACAGAUCAGCCUACUGAAUGCGCCUAACACAUUACUCUCGAUGAUGCAAGUUUGUAUUUUCCAUGAAUCUGUUCGAGGACUACAAAGCAGAUUCAGGCUUACCAAACUGGCUUUCAGUAAGUAA